AUAUUAAUUAGGGACUAACAUCGAAAUAUAAAAGAUAAGCUCAACUUCAAUCUCCAACCAACCGCAUUAUUCAAUCCAUAUUUUUCUCAGAAUUCAUCGCACAACUCUCUUACAAACAGAAUCAAACAUCAAAGUUCCCUGCAACGACGGCGUUUCGUUCAACUUCGUGUUUCGUUUCGCCUAAUCCUGUUCUUGUUGUUGUGGAGAUUCAAUAUGACACCGGUUUGUCCCUUCGUUAAAAUUCCUCGGCCGGAUGAUAAUAAUGCUUCUAAAAAAUCGGGUGAAAACUCAAAUAAACAUCAUGCAGAGCAUGAAAGUAAGGUGAAGAAAGAGGUUAAUGACUCAGCUAGUGUUUCACCAAAGUGUCCUUUGGGAUAUGACUCACAAACAUUUAAGAUUGGUCCUCUUAGUUGUAUGGUAUGCCAAGCACUUCUCUAUGAAACCAGCAAAUGUGUGCCUUGUUCUCAUGUUUUCUGCAAAGCAUGUGUAUCGCGCUUUAAGGAUUGUCCGUUAUGUGGGGCUGAUAUUGUGAAGAUUGAGCCUGAUGCUGAUCUUCAAGGUGUAGUCGAUCGCUUUAUUGAAGGUCAUGCUAGGAUCAAAAGGUCUGUUAAUUUAGACAAAGGCGAAGAAGCGGCAGAGAAUAAGCCUGUCAUAUAUGAGGAUGUGUCUUUGGAAAGAGGUUCUUUCUUAGUGCAACAGGCCAUGAGGGCGUUCCGUGCUCAGAAUCUAGAAAGUGCCAAAUCAAGACUCAACCUAUGUGCAGAAGACGUUCGUAAUCAGAUAGAAAAAGUUGGUAACACUUCAGAGUUAUGUUCGCAACUUGGAGCAGUCUUGGGUAUGCUUGGUGACUGCUGCCGAGCAAUGGGCAACAGCAGUUCUGCAGUUACUUAUUUUGAAGAAAGUGUUGAAUUUCUGUCAAAGUUGCCAAAAGACGAUUUGGAGAUUACACAUACACUUUCCGUUUCACUUAAUAAAAUCGGCGAUCUUAAAUAUUAUGACGGGGACCUUCCAGCUGCAAGAUCGUACUAUUUUCAAUCCUUAAAUGUUCGCCGUGAGUUUGUCAAGAAUAAUUCAAAUGUUUCACCUCAGGUCUUAGAUGUUGCUGUUUCUCUCGCAAAAGUAGCGGAUGUGGACAAAAAUCUAGGUGAUGAAAAGUCGGCUAGUGAUGGAUUUCAAGAAGCCAUAGAUAUGCUGGAAUCUCUUACAUUGAAAUCUGAUGCCAGUGGACUUGAGCAACGGCGGCUAUCAGUUCUCGACUUCCUUAGAAGCCAACUGACAGAUAAACAAGAACAAGCUGAACAAACAAUCUGAGGUCAGGUAGAUGCCUCAUAUCUUACUAGCAGAAAUGAAGCAUCAAUUCAGAUGCAAUAAAUGUUUUUGUAUGUGAUCGGAUACAUGUGUAAAAUAAGCUCAAAUCAACAGAGGCGAUAUAAUAGAGGAAGAAGAGACUUUUCAUUCGGAGCAACGAAUAUCUCAGUCAUUUCUAGCACCGUAGAUUCUACAAAAAGAUCCUUCUUUGUAAUCCUUCUACUACACCAAUGUAGUUUUUGUAUCCAUCUCUUGAGUUGGUAUACCAUUAUUGGUGCAUAAGGCUUUCCUUGCAUUAAUGUAGCUAAUAUACUUCUCUAAUAAAUUAGAAAUGAAGUAACAUGGAGGAUAUUGCAGAUUGUUUCCAACUUGAACACGUUUUAUAGUGUGAAAAGUGAAAUUUAUAAUAUUAAUAAAUCGUGGUGUGUUUUGGUGA